AUGGUUAACUGGACCGCGGAUAAGGAUCAGAUCAUCCUGAAAGGAAUCUUCAAGUUCCACGACAUCAAGAGCAGCGCGCCGCUUCUCAAGUACCUGUCCGAGGAGAUUGGCGGUGACUGCACCCCCAAGGCUGUCUCCCACCGCCUCACCAACAUCCGCAAAGGCGGCACCACCCACGCCGUCGCCUCACCCACCCCCGCUGCCUUAACACCCAAGACCCCUCGUUCCAAGGCCAAGCCCGUUCCGCGUAAGAAGAAAGCCGUCUCAGAGGAGGUCGACAGCGACGGUCCCCAAGGCCUCAUGGAUGACGAUGAGGUUCUCUCUCCGUCUGCUGCCCGCGGCAAGCGUACCCUCAACGGCAAGCGCAAGCCUACCUAUGACGAAACUAGCGACAAGGAGGACGAGGAGGGCGAGGUCGAGGAUGAGUAUGUUCCGAUGGCUAAGCGGGUUAAGGAGGAGCCGGUUGAUGAGGAGGAUGUCGUCGUCGAGGAGCUGGUUGAGGAGGAGGUUUAG